AUGAUUUCGGUCCCACUUGGAUUGGCCCUCCGCCUUGUUUCAAGUUCAAGCUCCAUGUCCUCUUCAAUCUCACAUUCUUUAUCAUCGCCUUCGGCUUUUUCUUGGUUUAACCUCUCCAAGUUAGAAGCCUCUUCAAGGUCCUCUUUCCCCUCCUCCAUUUUUGAGGAAGUUGGUUGCUCAUUAGAGGAGGAUUCCGGAGUAGUGUUAAUCCCCUUGGAAGUGUAUGACUUUGUUUCCAAAGCGGCUUUAGAGGAGAAGAUUUCCUUUGGGGCAUUUCUUCGAGCACGUUACGGGCGGUUUUCGGGAGCUGAUUUGUGUCCAGAUUUAGAGUCCCAUCUUGCACAAGCUGCAAAGGUCCACGUGCCCAUGCCCUCACUCGCGUUGAGUGUGAAAAAGAAGCUUUUGUAUUGCCCCAAAAGAUCUCCACCGAUUACGGCGAAUGUGACGGUGAAGGAGUUUAAGAAGAAGGAGAAUCAGAGGGUGUGA